AUGACCUCGCAAGGGACGAACCAGCAGUCUUCAACUGCAGGCGAGAGCGGUCUGGACACCUGUGACAUCAGAUGCAGUCCUGUCAAACGCUCCACGCUGGAGCUCCUCCAGAAGCCUGUGAACUUCGUCCCCACUAUACGAUCGCAUUUCCGAGACAACAUGCAGGAGACAUACAACAGCAUAUCCGACAUCGCAGACGGUGAAAAGUUCAUUCCCAAUGCAGCCCAAAAAGAAUUAGAAGUCAGUGAUGAAGAAAUCCGGUCGAGAUAUUUGUUGGAUCACCCUGACAACGAAACUCUGUCCUACAUGGAGGAACAUGCUGCUCUUGUCAAGAUUAAGGAAGCUGCGGUUUCUCGUCAGAUACAGGGAGCUUCAGAAUCUGCCUAG